AUGAAUCAAAUUUCUAGACUCAACACUCCUACUACUAUAAUUCAUUCAUUCCCAUUCCUCCGAUUUCGAGCCUCACUCUCCGGCAUCGGCGAUUCAACCAUGUCCACUAACUCACUCCGAGUCGCCGCGGCUCAAAUGACUUCCAUCACCGACCUCGCCGCCAAUUUCACCACCUGUUCUCGUCUCGUCAAAGAAGCUGCAUCAGCUGGAGCAAAAUUGCUUUGUUUUCCUGAAGCCUUUUCUUUUGUUGGUACUAAUGAUGGUGACAGUGUUAGAAUUGCUCAACCUUUGGAUGGACCAAUCAUGGAUCAAUAUUGCUCUUUAGCCAGAGAGUCUAGCAUUUGGUUGUCGCUUGGAGGGUUCCAAGAAAAAGGAUCUGAUUCACAACACUUGUUAAAUACACAUGUUAUUGUAGAUGACAAUGGGAAGAUUCAAAGUACUUACAGGAAAAUACACUUGUUUGAUGUAGAUGUUCCUGGUGGAAGGGUGUAUAAAGAAAGUAGUUUUACAGAAUCAGGCAAGGAUGUUGUUGCAGUAGACAGUCCCAUUGGGCGUUUGGGCCUUAGUGUUUGCUAUGAUUUGAGAUUUCCAGAUAUUUACCAGUUGUUACGUUUCCAACAUGGAGCGCAGAUACUGUUGAUUCCUUCAGCAUUCACUAAAUUGACUGGUGAAGCACAUUGGGAAAUUCUUCUUCGUGCUCGUGCAAUCGAGAAUCAAUGUUAUGUCAUAGCUGCUGCACAAGCUGGCGCACACAAUCACAAAAGAGAAAGCUAUGGCGACACAUUAAUUAUCGAUCCAUGGGGAACCAUUGUUGGUCGCUUACCAGAUCGUUCGUCUACAGGAAUUGUGGUAGCUGAUAUUGAUUUGUCGUUAGUUGAUUCAGUAAGAGAGAAGAUGCCUAUUGCUGAGCAAAGGAAGUCAUUUGAAUUCUGGAAAGCUUCAUCUCUAUAG